AUGGGGCAUUCAGAUAUCCUGAAUGCCCUCAAGCCUGAGCUUAAACGCAAUCCCCUUGCCCGGUCUACAUGUGCCGAACUGCAUCGGCUCGCUUCGCUCGCCGAGCCUCUCGUCCGACAGCGCCCACGGCCCACUGAAGACUGGAUUCGCAUUGCCAACACGCUAGACUCCGAAGGUGUCUCUCUGUGGAAUACAUCGGCUUCUGCGCGAGAUGAUGAUACGGAGGAUGGUCGGGCGACCAUUGCUGCUCUGAGGCUAGCAGGUUUUCGGCUGAUUGAGGCCGGACUGGAACCAAAACCGGGCGUGGAAAGUAAUUAUACUAACUAUAGCCGUGGAAACAAGGUAUUCAUAACAACCGUUACAGCCCUUAUGCAUAUACUUCAACUGGCUAGUAAAGCCGGUGUCAGCCUAGCAGGUUCCGGAAACCAUGAUACCGCAGCUCAUGUGCUCGCAUGUGCAGCGCAGUACGAGGAGGCCCUGAAGAAGGCUGAGGACCCCGAGGAACAACACGCGAGCAGCCGCGCGCGUGCAAUUGUUGUCUAUUAUUCGAGCAGAAUGGAAGCGGCGAGUACCCGUUCAUCAGGCAAUGCUUGGAGAGAAGAUAACAAUACUGUAGCCGAAUUUAUGUUGCAGAAGAUCAUAGGUAAGCGCUAUCCGGCGGCCCUACUCAGACUCAUGCGACCUCGCCUAGAAAAUGAAUACUUGGCGCUGUUAUUGCCACAAGACCGGGGAUCACUCGCAUCUAAGCUAUUGGAGAUAGGCAAAGCUCUACUGAGAGCAGGUUCACGAGUCACUGAUGUAACUUUGCGGGGAAGGCGUGCCGGCGAUGCUGUGAAGUGGUUACAGAAGGCAUUUACUGUUUUGGAAUACCUGGAUGAAGCAAGUAGCCCGGGUAAGGGCGAUUUGAAGAAGUCCAUUCUUCGAAGCCUAUCUCGGGCGUAUUUCCUCUCUUCCUCCGAAGAUGAAGAGAAUCUGGUCCGUGCUGAAACAACCCUGAACGAACUCGCUUCGUCAAUGGACAUGACAGAGCUUACGUCCAACGAACACCAGCAGCUGCAGUGGAUGAAGAUAGCUAUUCUGAAGAAGCGGAAAGCUCCGCAACCAGUGCUACUCGAAGCGUUUCAGUCUAUUGUGAAUCACAUGAAACUGACCGAAGGCAACGUGACUGACGUGCUGCAAGAAUUGAGGAGCUUGAAUCAGGAACACGUCCUCGUAACCGCCGUCCAUCAGCGCUGUCUGCAACGAUGCAUAGAGGCCGAAGACAACCCUUUGGCCAGCGGCCACGUUGACCGGCUAAUACUGUCAUUAAUCUUCCAUUGCUCUAAGGAUAUAGACCAUUCCAGAGCGAUGAAAGAUCUCGACGCUGCCUUCGCGAAUCUAGCAAAUGCCGAAUUCGAGCUGUCCAGGACAUCAGCCACGGCAUGCCUGACGCUGCUAUGGCAGUUCGGAGAUCGUCUAUAUCAGGCGAAACGUUGGCCGGCGGCUGCCGAUUGGUUUCUGGCCGGCACCCACCAGCUUUUUGCCGCAGUGUCGAAGCUCAGUGACUCGAGGUGUCUUCGUAAAGCUGCCCUAUGCUACGUGCAACAGGGAAAUUUCGCUCAAGCGGCUGCCGUGAUCCGUCGCGCCGCUAGUGAUGAAGCCGCAACUCAUUAUGUCAAACUGUUAGUUGCCGUACAUGAAGGUGCGAAACCCAUCCGCGCAGUGAAGGCGAUGGUGACUGCAUCCGAUUUCAACCACAAGAUGCUGAUGCUUGCCACUCGGCUCGCGAACGAAUCCGAUAUGAAGACGCUGCUUCUAUCAGUUCUAGAGGAACUGCUGGAAACAGUCAAGGCUGGUGAUAAUCCCGAUAUCACACCCGAAGCGAUCACGCUGGUCCGAUGCAUCAUCCGACUGCUCGUGAAGCUCCUGGGGGAGCCUGGCUGCCACCAGACACAGUUGGUUCCGGUGUUAGUCCGCCACUUCAAGACCGCACAAGCUCUGGUUCAGAACUUAGAUCCGCGGACCAACGCUGCAUUGAUCUCCCGAGAUAUAUCGUGGCUCUGGCGCACCGCGUACAACAUCGCAGUCCAGGGAUGUGCCGAGUGGGAAGACUCACUAGAAUGUGUUUCCGAUCUGUUUGAUAUAGCACGACAGCUCCUUGAGUGCUACAACGAUUCCGCGCUGACGGAUGUCGAUGUGGAGAUCCCCAUACAUAUCAUGGAAGCAUCGUUCGCUGCCAUUGCAGGAAGAGGUUUGGCUGAGCCUAUGCAAGCACUGUCGGAGGACAUCGCCGUCAGCAAGAAGCGCAUACGGGCCGUAAUCGACAGCACGAAGCUACUUGACGCCGAGGACAUCACACGUGUAGAGUCAUUCAUUCAAGUUCUGCACGUUUUUGAAGCGGAGAUUCUGUGCAAACUGAAGGACUGGGAACGCUUGCUUCCCACGAUCAAGGACGCCAUGCAGUCGGAAGUGCUCGCUGCGGACUAUUUUGAAGCUAUCACAGAUAUUCUGUGGGCGGAGCAAGAUUGCCCGGUACAUGUGUUACUGACAGCGCUGGAAGCAAUACUCCAUACUAGCCUGGACCGCAGUUCCCUCUCGAUCGACAAAUUCGCGAGGUGGCUACGAGCUAUUUGUAUGAUGCUUCUAUCGAGAAACACCGCCGCCGAUAGGGCGAAAGCGAUCGGAUACGUCGAGCAAGCGGUCCAUGUCCUGGAGAAUCACGGCACAGAGACAGAUUCUGAAGCUUAUCCGAUGGAUGAACGACACUGGUUGCUCGGCACAGCAUACAACACUGGUAUUGAAUGCCUACAUGCGUCAUCGCUAGAUGAAGCGAAGCGAUGGUUCGAAGCGUCCAGUACCGUGUGCCGCUUUAUACCCAAUGGGAACGAACGGGCCGAGAAGGUUGAAACUCUCCCAUCCGCUUCUCCCCAUAUCAUUACUAAAGAUGCAUUAGAUAUCGGAAACUUACUCACAGCUGCUGGCGCGCUAUACAACCCACUCCGUCGCUCGGCCAGGCUGAACUUAGUGGCUUCUCCAUCCUUCUGCCUGACUCAGCGACUCUGCUCUUCCUUCAUUGACUGA